GAUGCUUUUGGGCGGUGGGAAGAUGGAGAAGAUGUGGUCUGCCCAUCUGUUCCUUGCAGUGCUAACCAUCUUGACCACCACUCUGUGCAUCCCAUCUACACAUGGAGAGCCUUUUUUGCUGCAAGGUAAGCUGGAGUACAGCCUAGAUGACACAGAGAACCGAGUGCUUCCAGAGAGAGAAGACACAAAUCAUGAGGACACUCUGCUGACUCUGCUUCUGAAUAAGAAACUCGCAUGGCGGAGGCCAGAAAACAUCGACUGGGAGCUGGCAAAGAAAUUGGAAGAGCUUGAACAGCUGGAGAAGUUGAAGGAUCAGCUCUCAACUGAGGAAGGGUCAGAGGUAGCUUAUGCCUUGGAAAGUCUCUCAGGGUCCCAGCCCAGAAAACGAGCCUGCUUUUGGAAAUACUGCAUCUGAGGGCUUGCCAGGGCUGGAGGCUGAAGAUGAGCCCUUCCCCAAACUCCCUUGCUGAGUAUUAAUGUGU